CCGAGCUUUCAACUGUCAUUAGCUGCCCAGGCACUGACCCAAGAUGACAGCAUUGGCUCUGCGUUUCCUAGUGGCCAUCAGCGCCUUCUCUUGCAUUUCAGGCAUACGCAUCAAGAGCAACUCCACCAGCAGCAGCAGCAUCUACAAGGAUCAGCGCAUUGUUGGUGGCGAGGCAGCCCCCGAAGGAUUUGCUCCCUACCAGAUCUCCCUGCAGACCUUCUCCGGUGCCCACUCCUGCGGCGGUGCAAUCAUUGCCGACAAGUGGGUCCUGACCGCCGCCCAUUGUGUCCUGGGCGCAGAUCCCCAGCUGCUGGUGGUUGUCUCCGGCACCAACCAGUACAAUAACAGGACGAAUCGUAACUUUGUCCAGGCCGUGCACAUCCACUGCAACUACGACAACCCGCUGAUGCACAAUGACAUCGCCUUGCUGCAGCUGAACGACUCCAUUGCGUGGAACGAGCGCACACAGCCGAUCCCGCUGCCUGUGGUGCCCAUGCUGCCGGGCGCCGACGUGACACUCACUGGCUGGGGCUCCACCAUAUUGUGGGGCAGCGCACCCAUCGAUCUGCAGAUUCUCCAGCUGCAGUAUGUGCCGCAUCGCGAGUGCAAAGCGGCCCUGAACAACGACGAGGACUGCGAUGUGGGUCACAUCUGCACAUUCUCGCGCGCGGGCGAGGGCGCAUGCCAUGGCGACUCGGGCGGACCGCUGGUCAGCGAUGGCUAUCUGGUGGGACUCGUCAACUGGGGCUGGCCCUGCGGCACCGGCGUACCGGAUGUCCACGCCAACACGUACUUCUACACGGAUUGGAUACGCAAGGUCAUGGGCGGGAACACGAAAUGCGGAGGCUACGCCACCACAGAGCGCUAUUCAGUUUGCGGCGCCCUCGAAACGUUCGAGAUGCAGUUGCUUUACCCUUGCCUGAUAUUCCUCCUCCUCCAGUCGGGCCAGAGCCGGGCCAAGCGGGUGGUGGGAGUGGGACCUGCCCAGUCUGGGACCUCGAGCCGCAUCAAGGGCGGACAGGACGCUGAGAUUGGAUUUGCACCCUACCAGGUGUCGCUGCAGCCCGUUGUGGGCGCCCACAACUGCGGCGGGGCCAUUCUCAACGAGCAGUGGAUCCUCACCGCCGGACACUGCGUGGAGACCUUCGCGCCGGCGCUGGUGAAUGUGAUAACGGGCACCAAUCGCUGGGCCGAGCCCGGAGCGGUCUACUACACCUCGGAUAUUCACAUGCACUGCCUGUACGACCAGCCCUACAUGCACAACGACAUUGCCCUGGUGAAGCUCACCCAGAACAUCACCUUCGACGAGUUCACCCAACCCAUCGAGCUGCCCACGCGGCCUGUCCGCGAGGGCGAUGAGAUCGUCCUCACCGGCUGGGGGGCGGAGGAGGCCUACGGCAGCUCCGCGGAGAACCUGCAGAAGCUGACGCUGGGCUUUGUGCCGCUCGACGAGUGCCUGCAGAUCUUCAACCAGACCACCAGCAUGGGCGUGGGCCACAUCUGCACCUAUUCCCGCGAGGGCGAAGGCGCCUGUCACGGCGACUCGGGCGGACCUCUGGUGAGAGAUGGCCAGCUGGUGGGAGUGGUCAACUGGGGUCGUCCCUGCGGCGUGGGCCUGCCCGAUGUGCAGGCCAAUGUGUACUACUACCUGGACUGGAUACGCCGCAGGAUCAGCGGCAACAGCAAGUGCACCGCCUAGAGAACUUUGUGUACAAUAAAGAUGCGAAGUUUAUUCCCGA